CAGAAUUUCGUUGCGCAAAAGGGGCAGGCCGGCGCGCCUCUUCGUCGUUACGACAACGUGAGAAUCUGGCGGGUCAUUUCGAAUUUCCUCUGCAGAGAAACCGGGAAACCUGCUUUCGCGGAUUUAUUACAUUUUUAUUUUAUUGUCUUGGUAAAUAAAAAUUUGCACAAUGGAAUGUUUAAACGUACCAAUUAUUAUGCCAAAUUCUCCAAGGAAAACACGGGGACAGAUUCAGGUUAUCUUCGGACCAAUGUUCUCCGGAAAAAGUACUGAGCUGAUGAGGAGAGUUCGACGUUUUCAGAUUGCCCAAUACCACUGCCUGGUGAUCAAAUAUGCCAAAGACACUCGUUACUCCGACUCGGGAAUGGCCACACACGACAAAAAUACAAUGGAAGCUGUGCCAGCUAACUGUCUAAAAGAUGUCUGGUCUCGUGCACUACAGGCCUGUGUGAUCGGCAUCGAUGAAGGCCAGUUUUUCCCGGACACUGUGGAGUUCUGUGAGGCCAUGGCUAACAUGGGGAAGACUAUAAUUGUUGCAGCACUUGAUGGCACAUUUCAGAGGAAGGCUUUUGGCAAUAUACUCAACCUGGUCCCUUUGGCUGAGAGUGUGGUGAAGCUAAAUGCAGUCUGUAUGCAGUGCUUUAAAGAGGCGUCUUACACCAAGAGACUUGGAGCAGAGCAAGAGGUGGAGGUGAUCGGAGGAGCUGAUAAAUACCAAGCAGUAUGCAGAGCAUGCUAUGGAGGCCUGAUGGAAAAUAAAGAGAACUGUGUCCCUCAGAGGGAUGAGACUCCCAGUCAUGUUCUGAAGGGGAAGCAGGUGGACCACAGUGCAUCACGCAAGCUUUUUGCAUCCCUUCAUUUAUGAACACACGCUGUACAAUUGACUAUUAACUAAUUUAAACAAGAACACAACUAUCAUAAGAAUGAGCAGCAAAUGCUCAAUUUACAGGAGCUGAUGUCUGAUAUGGUGCUUAAAGCACAAUUUUUUUAAAUGUUUGUCUGUCACAUUUUCAAUAGAUUUAAAUAAAAUGUCAGUUUUGACACUAACUGUA